AUGUUUUUGGUCGAUUGGUUCUAUGGAGUUCUGGCAUCUCUGGGGCUGUGGCAGAAGGAGGCUAAGAUUUUGUUCUUGGGCCUCGAUAAUGCCGGCAAAACCACGUUGCUUCAUAUGUUGAAAGACGAGAGAUUGGUUCAACACCAGCCAACUCAGUACCCAACAUCUGAGGAGUUGAGUAUUGGAAAAAUCAAGUUUAAGGCUUUUGAUUUGGGAGGACAUCAGAUUGCCCGUAGAGUUUGGAAAGAUUACUAUGCCAAGGUGGAUGCAGUUGUUUACCUGGUGGAUGCUUACGACAAGGAAAGGUUUGCAGAGUCAAAAAAAGAGCUGGAUGCUCUCCUCUCUGAUGAGUCCUUAGCAAAUGUUCCUUUUCUGAUUUUGGGCAACAAGAUUGACAUCCCUUAUGCUGCUUCGGAAGAUGAGUUGCGCUACCACAUGGGCCUGACUGGCAUCACCACCGGCAAGGGGAAGGUAAAUCUGGCAGACUCAAGUGUCCGUCCACUUGAGGUGUUCAUGUGCAGCAUUGUCCGCAAAAUGGGUUAUGGAGACGGCUUCAAGUGGGUCUCUCAAUACAUCAAGUAG